AUGGUUAAACAUUGUGGGGGUCUUCCAUUAGCUGUGGUUGUUCUUGGAGGACUUUUGGCCACAAAAGAGGCCUUGAACGAGUUAACUCUGCUAACCCAAUUGUUGGGAUGUCCUGAACUUCAUAAGUUGCUUAUAAAAGGGACAAUAGGUAAGUUACCUGAGCACACCCAUUUGUCUUCAAGUGUUACCCAACUAUCUUUGUAUAGAUCUGAACUUGAAGAAGACCCUAUGGCAACGUUGGAAAAGCUUCCUAACUUCAACUUGCUUGAGUUGGUGACAGACAUCUUUGCUGGGGAGGAAAUUGUCUGCUCUGCUAAGGGCUUUCCACAACUCAAAAGGCUUGUACUGAUUAAUUUAAGCAAUUUACAAAAGUGGAGGAUGGAUAAAGGAGCCAUGCCCAAUCUUUCUACUUUGACAAUCUUUUCUUGCGCCAGAUUGCAGAGGCUUCCGGAGGGACUGAAGUUCGUCACUAAUCUCCAAGUGUUGACAAUUGGGAAUAUGCCCAAUGAAUUCACGGAAAAGAUUCGAAUUGUAGACGGGAAAGAAGGAGAAGAUUUUGACAGACUCCCAACACAUCCCUUCCAUCAUCUUUUAGUGAAAUGAAGCAACAAAAAUCAAGCAAUCAGGAAUUAAACACUACCAAGGACUUUAUUUCAUUUUUUGAGCAAAUGAUGUUC